AUGGCCGUGUACUUCACCGAGAAUCAACAGAGGAAAGAGUCUACAGAUGGGUCAAGCAAACAUUACAGGACCUGUGCUGUCAAGAGCAGGGGGAAGAGUGGGAAAUUAGAAAACAAUGUUAGUGUCAGCAUACAACUUGCCACCAGUCAGACGAUUCACAGUGGUCAGAUGUCUUUUCGAUGUGAAAAAUCUGACAGAUGUUGCAGUCGAUCGGCAGACUUCCACUGACAUCAGAGAAGUCACACUGGUGAAAAGCCUUAUGAGUGCAAAGAACGCGGAAAAGACUUCACAUAUAACUCUUUACUUAUUCGGCAUCAGAUAAUUCACACUGGAAAGAAACCACUUAAGUGUAAAGAAUGUGGAAAAGGUUUAAGUUACGCCACAGCCUUGAUCCGGCAUCAGAGAAUCCAUGCUGGAGAAGAGCCCUAUGAAUGUAAGGAGUGUGGCAAGGCCUUCGGGAGCAGACCCGUGUUCCUCCAGCACCAGAGAGUCCACACUGGGGAGAAACUCUGUGAGUGUAGUUAGUGUUGGAAGACUUUCAGUUGUAGCUCAGGCUUUAUUGUUCAUCAGCGAAUGCACACUGGGGAGAAGCUUUAUGAAUGUAAAGAGUGUGGAAAGCAUUUAAGCUCUGACACGGUCUUGACUCAACAUCAGAGAAUCCACACUGGGGAGAAGCCCUUUAAAUGUAAGGAGUGUGGGAAGGUGUUCAACCAGAAAAUCACCCUCAUUCAGCAUGAGCGAGUUCACACUGGUGAGAAACCUUAUGAGGGUAAGGUGUGCAGGAAAACCUUCAGCUGGUGUGGAAGAUUCAUUCUGCACCAGAAACUACACACCCAGAAGACCCCGGUCCGAGUAGGGCCUGUCCUUGUUUCUCCCCAUUUUAUGCUCUUUUGUUCUGUCAGUGUCAUCACUGUCCCUUCUGGUCUGUGCUCAUUCUCACCCUUUUGCCUCUGUUCCCAUGGCUCAGUGUAUGUGGACUGUCUGCUUCUCUACCUGUCCCAGUAAUAUGUUUAGUUCAGACUCAGCAUCCAUCAUGAGACUUUCCUUAGAUUCUGUCUCCCCUACAGGAACUCUUUUUAUGGUUACAAAAGACAAAUAGCAAAAUCCCCAAAACUUAUAAACAUGAAAGGAAGUGUAAGUUUUCAGACUGAAAGGGUCAGCUUACUGCCCAGCAAGAUGGAUGUGGUGGGGAAAAUCAUAUCAAAGAACAUCACUGUGAAUUACCAAAACACCAGGCUUAAAGAGGAGAUUCUAACAUUUUCUAGACAGAAAACAAAUGAUCAAGAAUAAGAAUGGUGUCAGAUUUCUCAACGGCAGCCUGAAAUUUAGAGGACAAUGCCGUAUGCUGUCAGAAUUCUGAGGGAAAAUUAUUUUCCACCCAGAACUGUAUACCUUCAAGUGUGAGAGUGGAAUAAAGGCAUUUUCAAACCCUUUAGAUCUCAAAAAAUUUAUGUAUCCUUUCUGAGAUGUGCACCACAAAAAGAUAAAGGAAAGAAAGAUAUAUGGACACUUCAUUACAACCUGUAUAUCAGAGGUCUCCUAAAGUCAAGAACAGAGAGACCCUGCCUGUGUAGAGCAAUCUGCAUGUCAGAGGACAUUCCCAAGAGGGUGCAGGCUUUCAGAGACCUACCUCAGGCACAAUGCCCACCCCCUGCUUCUCACUCUGCAGUUACUCUUCUCCACUACGCACUUGUAGUCUGUGCCUUUGCAAAAGUCAGGGUGUAAUCACCCUUUGAGGCAACUGUCAGGCACUAGUUGUCUUAAAUGAAUCCAUCUCCUUGCUCUUCCAAGUGACCUCAAAGCACGAAAUAUUUCCUUGCAACUUCAUUUCUUUUUUUAUGAUCAUGGAAGACCCUACUAUUGUUUUCUGCUACCUGUGGAAAUGAGGGAAGAUAUAAAUGUGUUCUGUUUUAGCACCCAUUUUUGUGGACAGCUUGGCUUUGCAGGAAGCAGAGGGUAGCGGUUAAUAAUGAUGGAGCCAGGCAGACUUUGGUUUAAACCCAGGCGUAUGAUCUUGGUUAAGUUACAGAAACUCUGUGUAUUUCCUUAUCUGUACGAUGGGGUUAGUUUUCCUACCUCACAGGUUGUGUUGACAUAGAAGUGCUUAGAACAGUCACUGGUUCUGAAAAAAAAAAGCAAAAAACCGUUAGGUAUCAUAAUGUCAUUGGUAGGUUUUGACAUAGAUAUACACCAAUGAAAUAGUCACCACAAUCAAAAUAAUAAACAUAGCUGUCACCCCCAAAACUUUGCUUGUGCCUCUUUGUGGUCCCUCCCUGGUGUCCCCAGGCAACCACUGAUCUGCUUUCUGUGAUUGUAAAUUCGUUUCCCUUUUCUGGGAUUUCAUGUAAAUGUUACACGCUGUAUGUACUCUGUUUCUGUCUGGCCACUUCCAGCAUAAUUAUUUUGAGAUUCAUCCAUGUUGCGUAUGUCAAUAAUUCUUUUUUUUUGAGAUUCAUCCAUGUUGCGUAUGUCAAUAAUUCUUUUUUUUUUUUUUUAUUACUAAGUAGUAGUCUGCUGUAUGGGUAUACCACAAUUUGUUUUUCCAUUCAUCUGUUGAUGGCCAUUUGGGUUGUUUCCAGUUUUGGGCUAUUACAAAUAAAGCUGCUAUGGACAUUUGUAUCCGAUUCUUUGUAAGAAUAUGUACUUCAUUUCUCUUGGGUAAAUACCUAGGGGUGGAAUGGUAGGGUUGUAAGGUAAGUGUAUGUUUAACUUUUUAAGAAACUUCAAAACUUUUACAAAUGGGUUGUGCCAUUUUUACAUUCCCACCAACAUUGUAUGACAGUUUCCAUCUUUGCCUACAUUUAAUAUUGUUAGUCUUUUUAAUUUUAGCUAUUCUAAUAAACAUGUACUGCUAUCCAUUGCAGUUUUAAUUUGCAUUUUCCUAAUGAAUAAUUAUGUUGAGCAUGUUUUCAUGUGCUUAUUUGCUUUCCAUAUAUCUUUGACGAAAUAUCUAUUGAAAUCUUUUCCUAUGUUUUUAUUCAGUUGUUUGAUUUUAUUGAGCCUUGAGUUCUUUGUACAGUAUGGAUGCAAGACCUUUUCAGAUAUGUGAUUUCCAAAUAUAUUCUUCCAGUCUGUGCCUUGUCCUUUCAUUUGCCUAAGAGUGUCUUUCGAAGAGCAGAUUAUUUGAAUUUUGAUAACAUCCAGUUUUAUCAGUUUUUCUUUUCUUGGUCAUGCUUUUCAUGUCAUAUCUAAGAAAUCUUGGGCUUACCCAGGUUUAGGAAUGUUUUCUGUUUUUUCUUCUACAGGUUUUUUAGUUUUAGAUUUUAUACUUAGGUCUGUCAUCCAUUUUGAGCUCAGGAGUCAGUCCCAGAAAUGCUUAGCCACAGGGAUGGACCUGGAUGCCUGCAGGGUGAUCGCCCUUAUUCUCGAGGCCUUGAACUGUGGGGAGAGGGAGGUGGAUGGAAUGCAGUGCAUGGUCAGCCUCCUGGACUUUUUGCUUCCCUUAGCUCCUGGGGUUCUUGUUUUCUAAGUCCAGUGGGCAGUAAAUGAAGCUAGAAGACAUCAGGCAUGUCCUGGACAGCUUGGUCCCAAGGAGUCGGGCUUGCUCCUGGCCCUCUUUGCUUACAUCUAUCAGAUAUCUUUGGAAAGGACCCAGAGGCCAACUUAGGGGAGGUGAGAUACUAACAACUGCUUUUGGUAGGGAACUGAGGUGAAGUUGGAAGGCUCACGGUAAUUGGGAGAGAUGGAGGCACCAACUAAGACAUUGUCCUAGAAGGUGGAAAUCAUUUACAGGGCCAGAUGAAGACCAUCUUUUUAAACUGGGGAAAUAUUAAGAUUGGAAAGAAUUUGCCCUGUAAAUUGAGAACGUAAAGUAGAAAAAGACCACAGUCAGCAUUCAACAUAUUUAUUAAGUCUUCAUCAUAUCCGUGGGUUCUAGGAAUGCAGUAUUUAAUGAGAUAGAUAAGGUCCCUGUCCUAAGCGAGCCUGCAUUGAUUUUUAGGGGAGACAAAUUGUAAGCAUGUAAAUAAACAAACCUGGUUAUUAUUAUUGAGUUUGUUGAGUUUUAAUUUACCCACAAUCAUUUUUAAAGUGAAUUUAAAAUUGUGCAGCCCUCAACACAAUUCAAUUUUAGAACAUUUCCAACACUCCAAAAAGAUCCCUCUUGGCCAUUUGCAGUCAAUUCCCAUUUCCACUCCUAGCCCCAGGCAAACAUUAAUCUACUUCCUGUCAUUAGUUUUACCGUUUCUGGACAUUUCAUACAAAUGGAAU